CGAACCUCCACUCCAACCCGACAAGUCUCCCGAUCAACUUCUUCGGCACCCUCUUCCCAUUCUCAGCUCCAUUAUCCGCCUUUGACGCCUUUGUAUCCACCCAAAAUGCGUGAGAUUGUCCACCUCCAGACCGGCCAAUGCGGUAACCAAAUCGGCGCUGCCUUCUGGCAAAACAUCUCUGGCGAGCACGGCCUCGAUGGCUCCGGCGUGUACAAUGGCACGUCGGAUCUGCAGCUUGAGCGUAUGAAUGUUUACUUCAACGAGGCUUCUGGCAACAAGUUCGUUCCUCGUGCGGUCCUCGUCGACUUGGAGCCCGGUACCAUGGACGCUGUUCGUGCUGGACCAUUCGGCCAGCUUUUCCGCCCCGACAACUUCGUCUUCGGCCAGUCCGGUGCCGGUAACAACUGGGCCAAGGGCCACUACACUGAGGGUGCCGAGUUGGUCGACCAGGUUCUCGACGUUGUCCGUCGCGAAGCCGAGGGCUGUGACUGCCUUCAGGGUUUCCAGAUCACCCACUCCCUCGGUGGUGGAACCGGUGCUGGUAUGGGAACGCUCCUGAUCUCCAAGAUCCGCGAGGAGUUCCCGGACCGCAUGAUGGCCACUUUCUCCGUUGUGCCGUCUCCCAAGGUGUCUGACACCGUCGUCGAGCCCUAUAACGCAACCCUCUCGGUUCACCAGUUGGUUGAGAACUCUGAUGAGACCUUCUGCAUUGACAACGAGGCUCUCUAUGACAUCUGCAUGAGGACUCUUAAGCUGAACAACCCCUCGUAUGGCGACCUGAACCACCUCGUCUCCGCCGUUAUGUCUGGCAUCACCACCUGCCUCCGUUUCCCCGGUCAGCUCAACUCCGAUCUCCGCAAGUUGGCUGUCAACAUGGUUCCCUUCCCUCGUCUCCACUUCUUCAUGGUUGGCUUCGCCCCCCUGACCAGCCGUGGCGCCCACUCGUUCCGUGCCGUCACCGUGCCGGAGCUUACCCAGCAGAUGUUCGACCCCAAGAACAUGAUGGCUGCUUCUGACUUCAGAAACGGCCGCUACCUGACCUGCUCUGCCAUCUUCCGUGGCAAGGUCUCGAUGAAGGAGGUUGAGGACCAGAUGCGCAACGUGCAGAACAAGAACUCUUCCUACUUCGUUGAGUGGAUCCCCAACAACGUCCAGACCGCCCUUUGCUCCAUCCCCCCGCGUGGCCUCAAGAUGUCGUCGACCUUCGUCGGCAACUCGACCUCCAUCCAGGAGCUCUUCAAGCGUGUCGGUGAUCAGUUCACGGCCAUGUUCAGGCGCAAGGCUUUCUUGCAUUGGUACACUGGUGAGGGUAUGGACGAGAUGGAGUUCACUGAGGCUGAGAGCAACAUGAACGACCUGGUGUCCGAGUACCAGCAGUACCAGGAGGCAUCCGUCUCGGAUGGCGAGGAGGAGUACGAUGAGGAGCAGCCACUCGAGGCCGAGGAGUAGAGAUGAUUUGGUGUCUCGAGGGAGAAGGCAUUUUGAUACAGCGCUUUAGCCUAUCAAAUCUGGUGGCUUUUUGCAAGCAGGUGUUGGAGGUGCUGGCGCGGUGGAGCCGUUUCCGUCGCCCCGAACAUUUGUGAGCAGAAUAGCGAAUUAUCUUAGGGAGUAGGAGUAGAGCUCUUGUUAAUGCCAAGUGUUUUAAUCGAGAUG